AUGUCGACCAAAGGUGGACGUAACUCAUCAUGGAGUCGGUUAAAGCCCGUCAAGCAGGAUAUUUUCGAGGAGAUGGGCUUAAGAUCCAAGGGAGAUAAUCAGCUCCUUGACUAUAAAACCCAGGAACGUUUCUAUAACAAGAUAGUCGAACGAUACUUGAUAUUCGCAGCCGAUGCUCGCAGAGGAGACGAAUUGAACCGGAAGCUUGCACGUCUGAAUAUUGCACAAGAUAAUGCGAAUCGCGAUGCUGCUCCAACAACACAAACAGUGCCAAACCCCGCAGACCUUACCAAUGGCAAGCCCGAUGCAAACGAACUCGACGCUAUAACAAUGGGAAUGAGAAAACUCCGAGAAGGAAUCGUGGCAUCGAAAAGAAUAGAUGAUUUCUCCAUCCAAGCAUAUAUAUUUUGCAUACGCUUGUCAAUUUUGCUGAAACAUUGGGAAUCGUAUCAUCCAGCGAUGCGCCAUUUACUUCAAGUAAUGCACCCAAAAUAUCCACUAUCAAGCACCGAACUCCAAGAAUUUGCAGCAUACCAAGUUCUGGAUUUUGCUUGUAGGCAAUCGGAUCUGGCAAAGGCAUACUCCAUCAGACUCGCACUCGGGUUGCGAGACCCUAAAGUCGACGAAGUUUUGAAAGCGAUUGCUCACGAUAAUUACUUUCUAUUCUGGAAGGUAAAGAGAGAGGUUGAUGGCUAUAAGGCAAAGAUCAUGGAAUUCGCGGGGGAGGAAAUGAAGCUACAUGCUUUAAAAUCGAUUGGGAAAACGUACCUCAGCAUCGAAUUAGAUUCCCUGGAGCAACUUACCGAUUCUAGUUGGGGCGUCUUGACCGAGGCGUAUAGCGUGGGAUGGCAAUUAGAAGGGACAAAGGUUGUAAUUCGAAAACCAAAGCCACGCUGAAGGUAUAAAUAUGCAUCUGCGAUGUCAUUACUAUUAUUCUAUUUCAGGAAUAUACGAGGUUAUAUGUUAUAGGUCAUGAGUUGACCUUAUUCACUAUCAUGACUAUUGAUAAUUUAUAAUCAUUAUCAGCAUGAGCUGGAGAUUCAAGAACGUCCGCGCGAAGUCGUAAGAGAGGUCAUGUUGGAUUUGUACACUCCCAUUACCUUUUUCUGGUCGCAACACAAGAUUCUAGUCGGUACGACAUGAACGUCAUUUGACGCGACAACAGGAUACAGGUGUUCACGCUGAUCAUCCUUUGAUCGUAGGCCACGAACCCAUGAUUCUGGUAAGACGUGAAUAUCAAAUAUUUCACCGUUUCUAUUUCAUAAGGUUAUAAAAAGGAAACUUUUCGAUGAUGUCAUCCGAAAGAUGGAGGAAGUUGAUAUGAAGUAUGACAUCGGACUUGAGAGAUUGAUAAAUACUUGCGAAAGGUAUAUCAUUACUAGAAAAUGAAAUUUUAAUAUCAAAUCUACGAAUGAAAACCCUUUAAAUG